AUGACUGAGGGCUAUAACAGUACAGGAGGAUUCGUGAAGAAGGAUGACCAAGAAAAGAAGGAACAAUGGUCAUGCCUAAAAGGGCCGCAGACAUGUGCAGCCUGUUCGCUGCACAACUGUUCGCGACGUGUGCCCAAGGACAAGGCUGUUAAGAAAUUCGUCAUUUGGAACAUAAGAAAAAGAAAUUGGGAUGUAGAAUACCCAUCCUUUCCAGGAGAGAGUCCACUGCAGUGCAGACGAGCAGGUCUCAGGACCGUGGGGGCAGAAGCGUCCCUCUCUGAAGCGUGGCUCAGGUGUGGAGAAGGAUUUCAGGAGACUCCUGAGACUCUGUCAUUAACAGCUGAAAAGAAGCCUACUGCAGAAAAACACCUUGAAUUAUCCUCUGGACCCAAGACAGAGCCUACCACAUCUAAGAGUACCAGUGGGCUUACAGCUAUAGCAUGGAGUUCCAGUGGAAGUGAUCUGUCAGAUGAAGAUAAAACAAUUUUUAAAUCACAGAGAGAGAAUGGACAUGGUUCUAGAAUAGGCAGGUUUUAUAGCAGAAAUAUUUUCUCUCCAGAAGAUGGGGCCAGUGAAGAUGAUCUCCAGGUUAUUGACUGGGAGAUUGACAGUGACAGGGAAGAUACAUGUGAUGAAUUUGAAGACCGUGAGAGUGUGGUGGAAAUAUCUGACCGUGCUUCUUGUACAAGCAGUCGUUCUUUGACACCUCCAGAGAUGCUGCCUGAACUUUCUAAGGACAUAAGAAAAUCCUUCUUAGAGACAAAUCCUACAGAAAUUUUAGAGUAUUCAUCAGAUAGUGAAAAAGAUGAUGAGUUGGAGAAUGUCUUGUUCAUUGAUUCAGAAUCCUCUCACAAAUACCACAUGGAUUUCGGAUCAGAUGGAAGACGGGUUAUGGAGAGACCGAUAAACCCGAGGGUAAAAUCUACAGAGGCCAUUUUGCAUACACCUCAGAAAGAGACAAAGCUUCCCAAGACUCCAGAAAAUUCAGCAAAGAAGAAGAAGCUUUUAAGAGGCGGGCUAGCAGAAAGACUAAAUGGACUGCAGAAUCGAGAGAGAUCUGCCAUUUCUUUGUGGAGACAUCAGUAUCUUUCUUACCAAAGGACACUUUCAGGUAUAAAAUCUGGUAUAUUAACUGUGAAAAUUCUAGAGCUUCAUGAGGAAUGCACCAUCCAAGUUGCAAUGUGUGAGCAGUUAUCGGGGCUGCAGGCUGACAGCUCUUCUCAGGGUGGGGCCCCUGGGACUGGCCUGAGGGUUCUCUUCGCCAAGGAGACUGCACGCUGCCUCCGGGGACUUCCACAAGACAUCAUCCGUAUCUACCCUCCCUGGCAAAAGCUUAUUAUCCCAAAUGGAAGUUGCCCUGUUAUUCUGAAUACUUAUUUUUGUCAGAAAGUUGUUGCCAAAGAAGAUUCAAAAACAACACAUGAAGUGCACAGUUGGGACACACCCCUUCCGAGAAGAAGCAUCAUUUUGGCCCACGUGUUUAAAUUUAAGAGCGUAACAAAUAACUCACCUGAAAACCAGGUUAUGUGUGGUGGUCACACCACCGUGGGCACAGACUGGACCCUCAGGCACGAACAAGCAGAGCUGGACUUCCCCGCCCGAGCUCCUCUGAGGGAUUCUCUGCUGGAUGCAGUCGAAAGCCAAGGAGUUGCCACCUGGUCGGGAGCCGGGGUCCGGGUGGUGGUGCAGAGAGUUUACUCUCUUCGCUGCAGGUGUCAGCAGGCAGAUGGCACAGACCCUCCUGGAGUUCGAGUCUGCCUUCUCGUGCAAGAUGCCCUCGGACUCUUCAGUGAGGUGCACUCGGAGGGCGCCGUCCUGAAGGACAGGGAGUUGGAGGGCAAGUCCUGCAGGCUGGCGGGAAUGAAGGUUCUGCAAAAGGUCACCAGAGGAAGGAUGACAGAGCUUUUCAGUUUGAUUGACACCAUGUGGCCUCCAGUGGCGCCUCUGAAAGCACCAGGCCACGGACCAGCCUUCGAGGAAAACGCUCAUCUGCCUCCUCCUAGCUUCUGUUACAUCCUCACCGCUCAUCCAGAGCUGGGACAAAUGGAUGCAACUGAAGAAGACUCUGUUUCGAAGCUCUACCAGCCUCCGGCUCCCCGCUCCUUAAGGGAAAUUCUCCAGGCUGAUGGCCCCUGUACCCGUUGCAGUUUCUAUGCCAGAGUGAUUUACCAAAGACCACAGGUGAACAGUUCGCUUCUGGAGCCAAGGGAGCUGUGGCUGGUGGUGACCGACGUUACUCUGCAAACACAGGACGAGGGCUCGGGUCUCCCCAAAACCAUGCCUGUGCGUGUGGCCCCCUCAUGCGUGCUGGGACGGGAAGUCCGGGACGCGCUCUCUGAGGCCACCUCCAAGAGCUGCUUCUUCAGGGACGCCCUCCGAGACCAGGGCCCCAUCCCGAAGUCCACUGUGGACAAGACCCCUGUGAUGGCCACAUGGACAGAACCAGAACCCCCUGCAUGCAGUGCCGGCACAGCAGCAGGAGAUGCCAGUGGUCAGCUUGUUUGUGUUGGACGAACUGUCCUCCUGCUUCCAAAGCCCCAGCUGGGUGUGGCCUCUGGUGCCUGGGAGCUGACGAGCCCUGUGAGGCUGGAUGAGCUGGAUUCUGUCACUCGGGUCAACUCCAUUUGCAGCGUCCAAGGCACUGUGGUUGCUGUGGACGAGAGCACCGCCUGCUCGUGGCCUGCGUGUGACCUGUGUGGCGGUGAGAGACUGGAACGGAGGCCGGAAGACAGGGGCGCCUUCUCCUGUGGGGACUGCUCCCGCGUGGUCACCUCUCCCCUUCUCAGAAGGCACCUGCAGGUCUUCCUGGACUGCCCCUUGCGACCCCAGUGCACAGUGAGGGUCAAGCUGCUGCAGCACAGUAUCUCUUCGCUCCUGAGGUUUGCCGCCUGCGAGGACGGGAGUUACGAGGUGAGGAGUGUCCUUGGAAAGGAGGUGGGGCCGAUAACCUGUUUCGUCCGGUCCAUCACCACCCGCCCGGCCAGCUGCGUGGGAUUGGAGGAGGUGGAACUCCUGAGCGAGGGGGGAGCCUCUUCAGCACACCGGUGGCAGCCGCAGGAUCCGUGA